AUGGAUGGAGAAAAGCUAGAUGACAUGGAUGGAGAGAAUAUUGAACAGCCCGCCGAGCAUACCAAAACCACAGAAGAAAACAACAAUGCACUUCCCGUGCAGGUCACGGCCUACAAGCCUGGUGCCAGAGCUCCCCUGACCAAGACACGAUUUUGGCUGGUGUUACUAAGCAUCGAGACGGGUAUGCUCGCCGUUGCCGUCGACUUCUACACAAUACCUAUUGCCGUUCCCUGGCUUUCCUCGGGCGAUCUCGGGUACAUGAAUUCGGUAUGGCUCAGCACCGCGUUUCUCGUGUCAUUUGCCCUGGGUCUCCUCAUCUGGCCGAGGCUCUUCGCAGGGUUCAGCUAUAAGUGCGGAUUCUUCAUGGCCAUGGGAGCCUUCAACAUCGCAAACGGUCGGGCUAUGGUAUCCAAGACCACAGAGAGCAUGCUUAGGGCACGUCUUGUCCAGGGUGUUGGCGCUGGUGGGGUUUGUGGGCUCUUCGAUAUAAUUUUGAGGGAAAUAGUGCCGAUGGAAGAAUUUGGCAAGUACAUGUCUGUUUCUAGAAUGAUCUGGGCCGCAGCUGCGGUCGCCAGCCCACUCAUGGGAGGAGCAUUGAUCGAAUACAUCGAUGGGCGAUUUUGCUUUAUGCUCUGCAUCCUUCCAGGCCAGAUCAGCUACUAUUUGGCGUUAUUCUGUAUGAAGCUGCCCGAACCAUCUUGGUCCCAAAUGGUAUCAUCAUUCCGCCAAUUCGACUACCUUGGCACGCUCUGCCUAAGCGCUGGAACUGUUUGCAUGCUGCUUGCGACCGUGUCGAGCAAUACUUACUUCCCUUGGGUUCCCGCUCAAUUCCCCGCCGUCUUGGUCUCGGGACUUGCAUUUUUGACGGCUUUCUUCAUCAUCGAGCCCCUGGUUCCAGACCCUAUACUGCACCCAUCACUGAUCCACAACUCGGGCCUGCUCAUGAUUAUUGUGGCAGCUUUUUUCUAUGGAGCUAAUCUGGUCGGCACCAUGUAUUACGUCCCGCACUUCUUCCAGCUGGCCUUGCAGGGCAAUGCUAUGAUUUCUGGCGUCAGCAUCCUGCCGAUGAUGCUAGGAUUGGGCAUGAGCAGCACAGCCUCGGCGUUUAUAUCCUCUAGGUACCGCACCAAAUCUAGGAUUGCACAUGUCGGCGCUGCCCUGCAAGCCCUAGCGAGCGGUCUGAUGACUCGAUGGAACACCGACACCAGCUGCGCGGAGACUACCGUAAUCCUCGCCAUCCUAGGCCUGGGCCAGGGAACUACGAUGAUCGGCCUGCUUCAUGCAGCGCAAGCUUCCGUUAACCCACCAGCCGUGGGUACCGCUACGAGGCUCUUCGGAUUUGCGCAGGCGUCGGGCCACACCUUCGGCGUUGCAUGUUUUGCGACCCUUUACACCAAGAAGCUGAGGUCUUCGCUGGCCGGCUUGUUGCUGCCUGUCGAAGCGAGUCUGGCCGAUGUGCAAAAGCUCACAGACGACUCGGGCAAUUCCAAUUUGAUAAACAGAUUCCUGGAUGCGUAUGGGUCAAGCAUGCAGCAUGGAUGGUGGCUCAUGUUUGCUUGCGCGGUGUUUGUGCUGGUUCUAAGCUUCUUCGUAGAGCAACGCAAGCUCCAUGACGACGUAUCUUUACCGACUCUUGACGGAAGGCAAAGCUUGGAAGCAGAAAAGGGACCGUAA